CUUCCUGGUUGCGUUCACGCCGUUCCUACCAUGUAAAACCAUUUAUUUUACAUGUUCUAAUGCAAAAAUGGUUUACUGCGUCGCACCAAACUGCAGCAGUGAUUCAACGAAGGUGUUGAAAGUAGAUGGGGUCGGUUAUCACAAUUUUCCUCGCGACAAGAAGGCCCGAAAAGUAUGGGUAACGCCCUCACGUGACACGAAAGAGAAGCCAGUGCCUCCAGCACAGCAAAUGUGACGCGUCAAUACGAUAACUCGUUGGUGGCGGAAUGGACUAUCAUCUUAGAAUAUCAAAUUUUGUGACUCGGUAACUCUGUUAGGAAGCGCGCUUCUGAUAAAACUCUCACCUAAAUGGCUGAGGCAGAUGAUGUGGACCUUGAGCUUGAGUUCGUGAAGGCUUGCGUCGAAGGCAACUGUUGGAAAGCGGCCGAUCUCCUGCGAUUGGGCGCCGAUGCCGGCCAGAGAAUCCCGCAGCCGUUUGAUAGCAGGAACGGGACGGUUCUUCACGUGUCCGCGGCGCUGGGUCAGACUGAUAUGGUGAAACUGUUGCUCGCCAACGGCGCCUUUGUUGGUGCCUGCGAUCGCGAUGUAGAAACUCCACUCCACCGCGCGUGUAAGGCGGGCCAAUACGCAACCGCAAACAUUCUCAUCCAACAUGGCGCCCGGGUGAAUUUCAGCGCCAUGUCGACUGCGCCGCUUUAUUUGGCUUGCGAAGCUGGGGCCCCGGAUGUAGUCCGUCUGCUUCUGGAUCACAACGCAGAUGUCAAUUCGAAGAUUGGUGUAAAAAGGUCAUCCGGGUACUAUGAUGACGAUGAGGAAUACGACUGGGAAUUCGGCCCACUUUCAGAAUCGCCGCUGUAUGUCGCUUACGAUAAUAACGAAGUCGAUGUGGUGAGAAUCUUGAUGGAGCACGGAGCGAAGUGUGAUAUGAUGCGGCUGAUUCAUAUCGCGUGUCUUCUUGAUGAGCCGGAUUGGAUUCUGAAGUUUCUUGGUGAAGGGGAGAAGAUCAAUGUCCGUGAUGCAGAUGGAGGGACCCCACUCCAUAUCGCCGCGCGCACCGGUCAUCUAAACUGCGUCAUCCUCUGCUUGAAAAAGAAGGCGAAAAUUAACAAAGUUGACCAAAGACAGCGCACGGCGAUACAUUACGCUGCGCAGGAAGACCACGUGGAUGUUGUUUCUCACUUAUUGAGUUACACGAGCAUCAAUGUGUUUGCUGCGGACCGGGACGGCUAUACUCCGCUUCAUAUCGCAUGUAAAAACAAUCACUUGAGAAUUGUUGAACUGCUGAUAAACUUUGAAUCCACGCAGCUUUUUGAAUUUGACAACAGCCCCAUUUUUUUGUCGACGGAUAUAAACAUCAUCGCUCUCCUGUUGGAAGAAGGUGUGAAGGUGAAUAGCAAAGAUGUUGCGGACAGUGGAACCCUCCUGCACAGAGCCUCUCGCAACGGCGACAAAGAGUUGGUCGAUCUUUUGCUGCGGUCAAACGCAAAGGUGAACAGCCAUGAGAACAUGUCCGGCAUGACUCCGCUCCAUCUUGCGUGCAAGGAGCGCCACACUGAUAUCGCAUUGGCUCUGAUUGAGCAUGGCGCCAACGUGAACGCCAUUGAAAUGCACAAAGAUUACACUCCUCUUCAUUUCGCGUGCGACACCGGCGAGAUCAAAAUAGUCGAAGCUCUCAUCGAAAAUCGCUGCCAUCUGCACGUCUAUGAGCUGAACCAUGAGGAAUGUGUACAACCACUAGAUGUCGCCACAAAAAGAGGGUUCGUGGAAAUUGUGGAAUUGAUACUUAAGCACGCAGUGUCCGGGACAGACGAUGAUGACAGCAUCAAAUCUAAAAUUCAAGAACCCCUUGAAAUCGCUUGCGACAACCGAUUCCCGAAGUUAGUCAAGCUAUUCCUGAAGCAUGGCGCAUGCGUGGAUUUUCCUGACAAUAGCUACCGAAGCCAACUCUUCGAUGUCGUCAUAAAUUCCUACAUCCGGAGUUUAGACAAUGCGGAACAACCCGGAAACACGAAUGACGUCAUUUCCAUUUUGAUCGACUUGAUUAACGCGGGAUGUCGUCUCGGACAUUUCUUUUCUAAUAUGGGAUGCGAGUUGUCCCACUUUUAUGAGGCCGAAUCCAUAUUUGCCCCAAAGAGGGAGCUGUCGCGUUUUCUCAUGCUGACUGGGAUUGAUAUUUUUAACAACGUAGGCGACGAAUUCUUGAUGUCGAUAUUGCGCAGCAAUGACUUGGAGACUAUUGGCGUGCUUGCCGCUUGCGGGUACCGGUUCAGCGAAACUCGGGUCGUGGCGCAGUGCGCCGGAUUUGAAGAUGGCGACAUGCUCCUGGCAGAGGUCAGAGAGGUCAUAUUCAAAGUUCCCUCAUUACAAGACAUAUGUCGAUUGAAAGUCAGGUGCAUUCUGCGCAGGAACCUCCACAUCGAGGCAGAGAUGCGCUGGAAGAGCCGCCUAUCGGCAAGAAUUGGCCACUACCUGAGGAAGUUCGCCGGGAAGAAACGAAAAAGGCUCCCUAUGUACGGCAUCAAUAGGCUGGUGGAUAAUUUGCCUCUGCCGAAUCGCGUUAAGGACUUUCUAUGUUUUAAUCUGAUUGACGUGCAUUGAAUAGAAAGAAAGGUGGUUUGUGAUUGGACGCUGUAAACAGCAGAUCCGCAGGUAUAGACCAGAUGAAUACAGCCUCAAGUAACUGCUGAUCUUAGUGAUUGUCCGGUCCCCUGAUCAUCGCUUGUUUUGAGUGGCGUUUCAGAGGCUUCAUCCUCGAAAAUCCAGAGUCAGUCGUAUCCUCCUCCCCUCGCACACGUUACUGGAAGCUUGUGAGUUUAUUCAGGGCAUAAGCUCGGUCGAUAGUGCCGAGUGGUGGCCUGAGUCUUUGUUUCAGUGCCUUACUGACGAUGCUUGGACUUCUGGGGUAUUACUCAGCAGGGGCGUAGCUAGCUUUUCGGUGGUAGUGGUGGACAGGUGGGGGGAGGGUACAAAUGGCUCUCUGAGGGGGGAAGCAAAUUCACACUUUUUGAAAUUCUCGGCCAAAGUCAUGCAUGGCCAAAUCACGUCUUCAGUGACUUCUGGGGGCAUCCCACGCUCCCCGCCUAGCAGUGCUACGUCCAUGCCGGAUCAGAGUUCUUUCAAUCUAACACUAUUCAUCAUACUAAUAAUGGGGAGGUUGAGAAACCCUACGAAAAUGAACUACGAAGAGCGAAGGUCUAGAUUUCAUCAAUUCACCUGGAACGACUUUUGUACUUAACUCGUACAAGAAACUGUGGAAAUCUUUAUGAAAUGUCGCCACUAAAAUAAUGAAGGCAUGCAGACCUUCCUACCUCGUCGUUCGUAGGGUUUGCGUAACCUGCCUAUUAUGCGUACUGCGUAGAGAGUUGAAGUUUCAUGUGAUAUAGUUCCAGACUUAUCAAACAAAUAGACGGAGACAGAGUUCAAAUUGGUGAUAGCACACAAGAUUUUGGAACCUAUGCUUUAAUCCCGCUAGAUGUACGGUGUAGCAUUAGAAUGCACUGUUAAAAACAAGUGCUAAAAAUGAAAUUAAGGUCUUGUUCUGUUUCUAUCACGACGGACCUCCAGCUUUAUCUAAGCAAAGAUGGGGACUAUAUGGACUAGGAGCA